AUGCCUCCAAAUAUCCAACAAGAACAAACACCCGUGGCGUUUAUCGAUCAUUUUUGGUCCAAAGACAAAUCAGGCAUGGACAAACUGUUCAGCUACAUCCAAACAACACACCAAGAUCUUGAAAUGAUCCACAGCAUCUAUGUUGAGCGAUCUGCCAUGGAACAUGAAUUUGGACAGAGACUACUGACAUUGUCAAGAGAUCAAGAGAAGAGCCAUCAAGGCGAAAACGUACAGGGUGUCUUGGCUGCAUACCGUGCAGUGUCAAUGGAGCUGAAGCAAACAGCCACCACACAUUUGGAAUUAUCUGACAGGUUGAAGCAUCAGGUGGCUACGGAAUGCCAGAACAAAUUGACAGAGUACAAAGAGUUGCUUUCCAAGUGGACAACUGCACUGGAAGAUCUGUAUCAAGACCGAAAAGAAAAAACCAUCGAGUUGUUAAAAAUCAGAGCAAAGUAUUUAAAGGAACACGACAUAGCCAAAGGGCAAUCAACACCUACCAUGGAAGCAUUGAAAAAUCAGUACAAGACCAUGGUGGUGAAAGUGGAUGAGGUUGCUCAAGAAUGGAAUUCAACAUGGCGAGAAGCUUGUGAGGUAUUGGAAGCCAUGGAAGAGGACCGUGUCGAGUUUUUAAAGAACAACGUAUGGGAAUACGCAAAUCUAGCAUCAGCGACACUGCUUGUACAAGAUGAGUGCUGUGAGAAUAUUCGCAAGCAAUUGGAAGUGUGCCAUGUCGAGCAAGAGAUUGAGAGAUGUAUAGCAUUGUAUGCAACAGGCUCCAAGAUACCAACCACAAACGAAUAUGUUGGCGAAUUGAUGAGAGAGCAAAAGAAGAAGCACCAGGCCGAAAGAGCUUCUGCUACUGAGAACGUGCCCAAACCACCAUCAAAGCCACCUCGUCAACAAGGUGCACUACCACCAAUACAACAACAGAAACAAGCUCCCAAGCCAAUGCAAAGAAACCGAGAUGUUCAGCAGCAGCAGCAAGAGAAGGAUAUCCCUGAGAAUGUGACUCAUAACGCAAGGCCACAAGAGCAACACGAACCAAACGAUACUGGUUCUCAACAUCAAGAACAACAGCAGCUUCCAUCCCAUCAACAUCGCCAUCCACGACAGGAACCACAGUAUCAGCAAAGACAAGAACAGCAACAGCAGCAACCAGACCCCAUCCAACAGAAGCCUGUUGAAGCAUCAGUUUCUGCUGUUGUUUCCACCACGCCAACACAUGAUACCAGUAUGGAUUCUUCUUUCAAAUCCAAGACUGAUCCUUAUAACAAUCAAUUCCGUGGUGUCAAUAUCAGCAACAAUAUGGGGAGUACUGCUACUCGGGGCCAAAUCAAGAGAAAGCCUCUCAACAAGUCUCUCAUGGAACAAGUGUCGAGUGAAAUGGCUAUAGCUCGUCAACAGCGAGAAAUGGAACAGCAGCAACAGCAGCAGCAAAGUACGCCCUAUGCCUCAGUUAGAGGAGGAAAAGGAGAAACUAACAACACCAACACAUAUAAAGCUGCUAAAGCAGACGCAGACAAUGGUUCUUUGGACAUUUUAUUGAAAUCGUUUGAGGGAUCCAGCAGCAGUAGCAACAGCACGCAUGCUUCAACCACACCGGAAGAUCACCCAAAUGCUGUCGUCAGUGAUGAGGCCAGAUAUCGUCGACAGCCAUCCGAGUAUAAGCCUGAUACAGGAUCUAUUCCCUCUAGAAGAUUUACUAGCAACAAAAACUCUAAUCAUCAUGUGCUUCAGCAAGUCAUGGACACUUCCCCUGCUGCUUCUUUGCACUCUUCUACACCAGAGCCACUCUCUCAUCCAGUCGCUGCUGUUGCUGCUCCAAAAUCACCUCGUCCCCCAGCACAACAAAUUACCAACAGAGAUGUUCAACAACAACACUGCAGCAAUAACAACAGCAACGCACCUUCAUCUAUGUAUGCACAACCAGCAGCAGCAGUGCAACAACAACCUUCACCUAAUAUGAUGCAGCAGGGUUUACCAGAGCAGAAUACAGGAUAUGCUCCCCAGCCUAAUCCCGCUUACAUGGGACAUCAUCAGUAUCAGCAACAGCAGUACAUGGGCGCACCACAGAACAUGGCUCAAGCACCAAUGCAGCAACAACGAUCCCCACACAUGCAACCACAGAGAUCUCCCAUGAUACAGCCCAUCAGCUCGCCCAUGAUGCAGCCAAUGCACUCGCCCAUGAUGCAGCCAAUGCACUCACCCAUGAUGCAGCCUCUCCAUUCUCCCAUGGUGCAACAAAGAGGCACAUUGCCGCCUCCCAUCACAAUUCCCACUAAUUUUGCAGCGACACCUCAGCCAUCGCCAUCCAUGUCCUACUCUCAUCUAGGCGGUGUGUCGCCUGGCGGCAUCUUACCGCCACCCACCCAGCAGUAUACUGCUAUACCACCAAGACCACUGCAAUACACAGACGGAAGGCCCAUUCAAUUCUGGGCUCGUGCCAAGUAUGACUACGAUGCCAAAGAUGCAGACGAACUCUCCUUCAGGGCAAAUAAUUUGAUGGGCAUUCUAGAUGCCGAUAUCACACAACAAUCAUGGUGGGUAGGUGCCAUUUACGACGAGUAUAGACAAACAUGGUCUAUGGCUGCCUCCAUUCCCAGUAAUUUCAUGAACAGUAGUGUUUAG